AUGACACCUGCGGACGCAGCUAAUGAGGCUCUGAAUGAAACACCAGCGGCUGUGCAAUUGUUAAUGAAGCAGUGCAUGAUGUUGCGGCAAGGUGAUCCAGAGGCCCUGAAACUAUCGGAUGAGAUCGCCAGACAUGUUGCAAAAGACUUGAGGCUUCAUGCAGGGAUUGCCACUUCAUUGUCCCCACAGCUAUUGUCAUGUGCUGCCAUUGUGCGAGACUGCUCAAAGGGCGGCAUCUUUCAGACUUCGCCGGAUUGGACAUCUGUUACCGACAAGGACCUGAGAAUUAAGUGUCACCUGCAGUUCAAUAAGACGAUGGAUUACCACUCUUGCGUUGCGGUUAAGAUUCCUGUUCUUGUGGAAACUCCAACAUUAUCAUCUUCUGCAACUUCGGCACCGGUCUCAUUUACAACACCACCCGUCGCAGCUGUAUCUACCCCUGAUCUUCCUCCCGGAGACAUGAACCAUGCGAGAAAACCUGCAGCACCGGCAAUAGAACUGUUGCCAUUGUCACCAUCCCCAUUCUCAAAGGCAUUGGAACCUCUGACCCCCCUUCCUGUUUCAGCUCUGAUCCCACUGAGAUACAACCUUUUUGUGUCAGGCACGAAUGUGAUGCCAAAGGUUGGCAAUGGUAAGAAGAGACGGGCAGAAGACGACGACCCGGUAGAGGCCAAAUCGGUGGUACCAUCACCGCUCAUCACCAAAGAGGAUUUGGCACUGGCAUGUUCGGAUUGCUCAGAAGGAACUGAUGAUAGGGGUUUCUGGGAUGCAGAAACCAGGCCUGUUGAAUGGGGCCAGGACUCUGCUAUCACGACAGCAGUGAAGAUGAAGAUCUCAUGUGCAAUCAAUGGAGUCGGCGUCCGAGAACGAAUGCAGGCCAAGGCUAAGGCCAAAGCAGCAGACGACACCUGCAACACUGUCAGACACUCCAAGUCACGUGCCCCCAAGUCCCGAGUUGUGAUCAAUACUCCAGUCAAUACCAGGUCCCGGAAGACCCUGAUACCACCGGCUCUGUCCUCUUCGGAAGUUGAGCCCGACGUUAUUGAAUGCAGGGACUCUGCUCCGGACGCUAAGCCAAUGUGCAUGGAUGUCUCACCGGUUCCCACAGAGGUUCAACCAACGCCUAUGAUGUGCCCACCUGCACCCAUCAAGGCAGAAGCACCAUGGGCGGUCAAUCCUGUGGAGCCCGAGCCAACUGCAAGGGACAUCCUGCAGAGCAUCCAGGAUCUCGGAAGGUGGCUUGAUCUUCUUGCCACCAAUGAAAGGGUCAAUGAGUUGGAUGCGAGACUCAGUUCGGUGGAAGAUAUCUUUGGGCGGCAAUUGAGUGCACUUGAGCAACAUCUCAAUUCAUCGGAUACAGAAUGGAGAGCAAUGUCAGCUUCCAUUGGCCAUUUAACCAUUGCUAUCCGGGACCAUAAAGAUGAUCUGACUGCGCACUGUUCCCAGAUCAACACUACCGCUUACGCCCCUCCUACUCAUGCAAAUGCACACCUCCCGGCCUGGCUCGCUCACAGUGAUGAAGACCCACACAUCUCAGCCAUCGGCCGACAGUGGACUCAUGCAUGGGAUGUGUCCAUUAUGACGGGUGUUCAAGGGCAUGUCGGAACCUCAGCAUCUGCUGCCCUCAUUGCUGAAACUCUUGAUUCUACAGUCCCGGCAGCGGAUAUAUCGCCUGAACCCUUUAGUGAUCUUUCAACAAUAUCCGAUGAUUAA